AGAAAACCUCACAAAAAAGUCGAACUUAUUUUCGUGUGGCUAGUUGGUUGGUCGAGUACACGUUUUUUUCUUUGGUGCAUAGCAAAAAUCAAAUUAAAUUGUGUGAAAAAUUAAUCUUUUUUUAUUCACUGAUCAACUUGUUUAAAAAAAAGAAAAAUCUCAGUGUUCAUCGACUAAUCAAUAAAACAAAACAACAAAUAAAAUAACGAAAUAUAAGAAAAUAUCCAACAAGUUUUCUCAUCGGCAAAAAGAAUAUUUGAAAGCUGAAAAAAAUUCCAAUAAAAAUUAGAAGAAAAUGGAACAAAUUAUCGCUAAUCUUCUAGUAGCAGACAACGAUGUUAUACAAAAGGCAACGGCUGAUUUGCAGGAAGCCUACAAGCAUCCCGAAACUAUUCCAGCACUAUGCCAGAUCGUAGUGUCAUCGAAGGAACCUCAAAUCCGUCAAUAUUCGGCGGUUUUGUUGAAGAAGCGUUUGGGAAAACUGCGCAAUUGGCAAAUGAUCCCACCUGAGCAACAAUUAGUGAUCAAACAAGGAAUGCUUAAUGCACUUAUGCAAGAGCAAGAAAAAUCUGUUCGCAAUGCCAUUGCCCAGUUUAUUGGUGUCUUGAUUCGCCAUGAAGCCGAUAAGAAGGGAUCAUGGAUUCAAGAGGUCUUGCAAUUUGUCUACAGCCAUUGCAGUUCAGCUGAUCCAAAGCAAAGUGAAUUGGGUUCAUCGAUCUUUGCUACAUUAACUGAUGUAGCACCUGAACAAUUUGUUGCACAUAUGGAAUCUAUUUGUGAAAUGUUUACUGCUGCUUUGGUUGCAACCGAAGCCAGUGGAAAUAUGGCCACUCAAGUUAUCUACAAUAUUCUCAUGGGUAUGACUUAUUUGGUGCCAUUCAUUUUGGGACACAACACUGCUGAAUUGACCUACCAGAAAUCGAUUCCUCUGGUUAUUAAGUCUCUUCAAGCUUUUGCCGUCCAGGACUCUGAAAAGUUCGUCCAAGCUUUUGAUAUUUUGGAAAGCAUGGCUGACUAUACUCCAAAAUUAUUAACAUCAAACAUUCGAUUGUUGUUGGAUUUUUGCUUGGAGGCUUCCAAUAAUACUCAGUUGGAUAGCUCAGUGCGUGUAAAAACUGUAGCAUACAUUGGUUGGUUGGUGCGCUUGAAGAAGAAGGUUAUUGUCAAGCAGAAGCUUGUUGAACCCAUCAUUCAAGUUGUUUUCAACUUAAUGGCCACUGAACCAGAAUCGGCUGAUGAUGAUGAGGAAUACUUCCUUGGUGAAGACAAUUCCAAUCCAAUGACAACUGCAACUCAAACAAUGGAUCUGCUGGCAUUGCAUGUUCCCCCAGAGAAACUUAUUCCACCACUAUUGCAGCUUUUGGAGCCAGCCCUACAAGGUAACGAUCCGUUGCCACGUAAGGCUGCCUUCCUAAGCAUGGCUGUCAUUGCCGAAGGCUGCUCUGAAGCCAUUUGCAACAAAUACUUGGAAACUAUGUUGAAUAUUGUGAAAGUUGGCAUCACUGACUUGAAUCCAAUUGUUCGUAAUGCUGCCUUCUUUGCAUUGGGUCAGUUCUCUGAACAUUUGCAACCCGAUAUCACAAAAUUCGCUCCUGAAAUUUUACCAAUUCUAUUUGAAUUUUUACAACAAUUGUGCAAUGAAUUGAGGAGUGGCGGUACCGAACCCAAACACAUUGAUCGUAUGUUCUACGCAUUGGAAACUUUCUGUGAGAAUCUUGAAGAUGCUUUAGUUCCCCAUUUGCCUUUGUUGAUGGACAGACUCUUCCAAGCUUUGGACCCCAACAACUCUGUUCGUUUGCGUGAAUUGGCUUUGAGUGCUGUUUCUGCUGCCGCAAAUGCAGCCAAGGAAAACAUGCUGCCAUUCUUCAAUCAACUCAUUCAAACCCUUCAAAUGUACUUGGUUAAGACAGACAAUGAAGAUAUCAUCUCGCUGAGACCCCAAGCCAUCGACACUUUGGCCGCCAUUGCAAGAACAAUUGGCAAAGAAAACUUCAUGCCCUUGGCCACUGACACCAUGAACUUUGCCCUCAAUUUACUCGCCGAAGCUGAUGAUCCAGAUGUUCGUCGUGCAUUGUACAAUCUAAUUGCCUCUCUGGCUGAGGUCGUCCACGAAGAAAUGGGUGCUGUCUAUCCAAAGAUCAUGGAAAGAAUCUACGAAUCGAUCUUGUCCACCGAAGAAGUUAUUCCCAACUUCAAGGAUGACGAUUUGCCAGUUCCAGCUGUUGAGAACGACGAGAAUGAAGAAAUCGACAUUGAAUUGUCCGAAGGAGAGGAUGAUGAUCUUGACAACAUUGCCGGAUACAGUGUUGAGAAUUCCUAUUUGGACGAAAAGGAAGAGGCCAUUUUGGCUUUGAAGGAGUUCGCUUUGCACAGUGGUGCUGCUUUCAUUCCAUAUCUCGAACAAUCCUAUCAAAAUGUCUACAAAAUGAUUGAUCACCCACAAGAAGAUAUCCGUAAAGUAUCCAUCGAUGCGUUGGUCACUUUCAUUUUGGCCCUGUACAAACAAAAGGAUGUUCAGGGUGUUUCAAAUGCAGUUGUGAUUUUGAUCCCAAAAUUGGGACAAAUCAUUCGCGAUGAUGAAGAAGUUUCAGUUGUUAUGGCUGCUGUUGAGGGCUAUGGUGAUUUGUUGAAGGAUUUGAAACAAUUGGCUAUUCCCAAUGACGAUCUUCGGGAUACCAUUUUUGCAUGCAUCAAUGAUGUCCUAUUGGGCAAGGUAGCAUGUCAAUUUGAUGAUCCCACUGGUGCUGGUGGUGAUGAUGAAAAUGAGGAAAGUGAAUACGAUGAGGCUAUUGUCGAAUCGGCUGGAAAUAUCAUCCCAUUGUUUGGCAAGGCUAUGCGUCCUGAACAAUUUGCCAUGUUUUUUGGCAGAGUUUGUCCAAUUAUUUUACAAAAAUUGGAAAAGGCAAAGAAGAACGAAGAUUUGGAAUCCCAACGUUGUUUCGCUUAUGGUUGCAUUGCUGAAUGUUUUGCUCCUCUGCAAACAUGCUCAGCAACAUACUUUGAUACAUUGUUGCCCGUUCUGCUCGAUGGUUUGUCUGACGAGUUCGAUCAAGCUAGACAAAAUGCAGUCUUUGGUAUUGGAGAGCUGGUGCUCUACUCUGAGGCUAAAUCCUAUGAAUCAUUUCCUCAAAUUCUCACAGCUCUUUCCCAAUCUGUGGCUAAAGAAUCCAAACCAGGUGCUUUGGACAACAUUUGCGGUGCCAUUGCCCGCCUUAUCAUGACCAAUUGCAGUUUGAUUCCAUUGCAACAAGUGCUGCCAGUCUUCCUUCAAAAUCUUCCACUCAAAGAAGACUUUGACGAGAAUGCCGCCAUCUUCAAGUGCUUCAAGUUGCUCUACAUCCAGAGCCGUGAUGCUAUUGUCACCUUCCUUGAACAGAUUCUCGCAAUCGCUAUCCAUGUUCUCUACAAGAAGGAAUUUGUCGACGAUGAGACAUGUGAGAAUGCCUUGGGCAUGAUUAAAGAAGUUCGCGAAAACUAUCCAGAUAAAUUUGCUGCCGUAGCAAAUACGAAUGCUGAAAUUGCUGCAUUCCUUCAAACGAUAUAAGGCGAGUUACAACUAAAAAAAAAGAGAUCGUUUCUUUUUCAAAAGUUUACUUGUUUGAUACUUAUUUAAAAAAAAAAGAGAGGCACGAAUUAAUUUCUAAACGGGAAGAGAAGGGUAUUCAUUAGGUUACUCUUUAAGCCCGAUUUAUAAGUACAUACAUAUAUAUCAAGAAAAGUCGCUCUCUUUUCUCGAAGCUCUCACAUUUUUAUUAAACUUAAAUUAUUAAUAUUAUCAUUAUUUUUUUUUUUGUAAAGACUGCAUUUUUUGUAUAUGAUAAAAAGCGAGAUCAUAUACGUCCAUAAAAAUUAAAAAAAAAACUACUUGUUUUCUACAACGCGCAUUAUAAGACUUGCAGAAUUUUUCUCUGCACAUUUUAAGAGAUUCUCCCCAUAGCACGAGAGGGUCACAUAAAUGAAUACAAAAUAAUAAUAAUAAUAGAAAAAACUAAAUUAUUUAACAACGGACACACUUUGUUAAAAACUAUUUAACAUCAUUUUUCUCGUAUUUUUUUUUUUAUUAUAAAUAUAAUAUUAAAUAAUUUGAGAUAGGCAUUUAUUGACUAGUUGAACUAGGAAAUUGUGCUUUUCUCUCCCUUCUGGUGAUCAUCAGUGAGAUCAGAAGAUUGUACAUUCUAUAGGCUGUGAUGUGUGUCCUACUUGUUAAGUAUUCUUUUUAUUGUUUUUUUCCUAAUUCACAGAAAAGAAAAAAACAAAUCGAAAAAAAAAAAUAAAAA